AUGGAGGUUAAAACCAAUCUUCCUUGGGUCGAAAAGUACAGACCAAAAAAACUCGACGAACUCGUUGCUCAUGAAGAAAUUGUCAAAACUCGUAGGUUUUUUCAUUUAUCCUUUGAACAAAUUAGUCCUAAUUCGAAUAGUACUAUAGAAGAAAUGUUAUCUUAGUUAAUUUCAGUGAGCCGAUUUAUCGAAAAUCGCACGCUCCCUCAUUUGCUGUUCUAUGGUCCGCCCGGUACAGGAAAAACGACGACUAUUUUGGCCGCAGCGCGAAAGAUGUACUCGACGGCAGACUACCGUUCUAUGGUUUUGGAAUUAAAUGCUUCGGAUGAGCGAGGAAUCGACGUCGUGAGGUUUUAUCAAAGUUUAAUGCAUUAUAAAGUUGAUUUUUUAAGAAAUACAAUUGUGACUUUUGCUCAAACAAAGUCACUCGUCAACUUCCGAGCAGACGAAUCUAAAGUUCCUUUCAAACUCGUUGUUUUGGACGAAGCUGAUUCCAUGACAAACGACGCUCAAAACGCUCUCAGAAGGUUUGGCCUCUAUCAGUUCACUAUUACAUCCAUUUUUUUAGAAUUAUUGAAAAAUACACCGACAAUGCUCGUUUCUGUAUCAUUUGCAAUUUCUUAUCUUCCAUCAUUCCGGCUAUUCAAUCAAGGCAACUUUUUUUCUAAAGCUUUUUGAACUCCUUCCGUUUAUUUUUCAGAUGCACUCGUUUCCGUUUCGCUCCAUUAGAGUUGAGCUUAAUUGUUCCUCGUUUACAAUACGUGGUUCGUGCUGUGUUUUUGGAGUUUUUGGUCAUAUUUGAGUUGAGGUGGAUAGGGAAAACCUGAAAAUGACAGAAAAUGGGAAAAACGCCCUUCUGGCAAUAUCCAACGGCGAUAUGCGGUCUGUUUUGAAUACCUUACAGGUUAUUAUAUUCUUUUUCCAUAGUCAUACUUUUUUUUUAUUCAGAGCACUUCGAUGGGGUUUGACGAAAUCAACGAAAACAACGUUUAUCAGUGUGUGGGCCAGCCGACACCUGUAGAAAUAAAAGAAGUCUUGAAAGUUUUGCUGAACGAGCCUGCGAAGUAUUGCAUUGAAGGUGAAGGCCGUUUCUCAUUUCUCUCGACAUUUAUUUUCUUUCCAGAGCUUCGCAGGAAAAUCAUCUCAGGUUUCGCUCUUCAAGACAUUAUCACACACAUUCACGACCUCGUCUGCCAGUUGGACAUCCCUAAUGAGGUGACAAUCUUUUAAUAAUUGCUUCUAUGAGUUUAAGUUUAAGGAAGGAAGAAAGUUCCAGAUUUCAAGGGGAUGUUUUAGGCGAUGUGCGAGAUCAUAAAUGGUCUGGCCGACGCCGAGGAAAAUCUUUCGACGGGAUGUUCGAAUCAUUUGCAAGUGGUCGGCGUCGUCGCGGCCUUCUUCAGAGCUCGCGAAAUUGUUUCCUCUUAUUCCAAGAAAUGACAAAGAUCUCAAAGCUUGUCACAUUGCUACCUCCUGAAAAUGAAUUUCCAUUCUUUUGUUGGUCAUGUUUUCUACCGGUCAAAAUCCGAAAAGUUCGUUCUUCUUUGUUUUCGGCUGUUUUAUGGAAACGAAUUACCUGAGUUCAGAUGCAACAAAACAACCCAAAUCCAAAUCAGCAGGUUUCUUCGAUUAUCAUCCCGAUAUAACUUUACUUAAGAUUCCACCUACACAUUUUGGCGGCGUUCAACAUCCAGCCAUGGCCUACUACGCUCCAAAUCAUCGUAAUAACUAUUUAUAUUUCUGCAGUGUUUCAUGAUCGAAUAAGAACUCAAACUUUAUAUAUACCAAGAAAAAUUCGCAUUUUAUAGCGAUGGCUUAUCCUGGAAUGCCGAUGCCAGGAGGGCCAAUGCAAGGCGGACCAAUGCAAGGUGCACCGAUGCAAGGAGGACCUAUGCCAGGCGGACCGAUGCAAGGUGCACCAAUGCAAGGAGGACCAAUGCAAGGAGGACCAAUGCAAGGUGCACCAAUGCAAGGAGGACCAAUGCAAGGUGCACCAAUGCAAGGAGGACCAAUGCAAGGUGCACCAAUGCAAGGGGGACCGAUGCAAGGAGGAAUCCCCCCGAACAUGGUCUACCAACAACCUGGUUUUUUUUUUUCGAUAACUUACUUUUUGAUUUUUUUUUUUUCUCUUCUUCUUCUUCUUCUUCUUCUUCUUACGCCUUUGUACCGCUUGAGCGGCGUCGGCGCCCCAAGUCGAUUAGCCGAUGUCCUAUCCUGAUGAUAAUCAGUGGACUGGCUCCAGUGACAUAUCCGUCCUUGUGUGUGACGGCUGGGGAUUUUGAAGUCGUUGUUUCCCACUACCAACAUUUCUUAAACCCCUUGUUUGGGUCGGGGCGGGGAUCGAACUUGUGUUUUUUUUUUGUGUUUGAGGAGCUCGUGUGUAUUUUUUUGUGUUUGAGGAGCUCGUGUGUAUCCGGGAAUGCACGGAUUUGCCCCAGGAAACAUGCCGUAUCCCACAAACGUUUACCAUCAACACUAUGCGGCUGGUCAGUGGAUAUGCCAUGAAUCAUUUAUCUCAUUUCUCCGAUUUCUUAUCAUUAAACUCUAGGUGUUCACCCUUGGGUUCAUAAUCCUAUGGCUGAACAACAUGCAGCUCCGACGAAAGCAGCUGCGCCCAAUUUCGAUCCAACGGUCGCGGAGUGAGCUUUUUUAUAAGUAACCGGAACCAUAGAUGGGCACGUACAAAACUUUGUCAUGCCGGGAGAAAGGGUUGGCUUAUAGAAAGUUUGGAAAAUUAGGAAUAGAAUCAACUUUCAACCUCCGAGAGGUUUUUCGGUCACAAUAAUCCAAGUUUGAGCCUUAGAGAAGUAGUAUUAAUUUUAGUUUAAAAAUACUUGGAAGGAGGGCCUUCAAAAUGGUCUGCCCAUGUAUGAUCGAAACGGAUAAAAAUUCCAAGUUUUUCAAAAUGAAGGGUUUGGCCAAUUUCGCUUUUUUAAAAUCGAUAUUUUAUGAGAAAAAAGUUCAGUUUAUUGAAAAAACACAUUUAUCUGUUCCUGUUAUUCAUAUGAAAUUGAGAAGUUUAUAUGUGAAACAUUUUGAAACGUUCCCUGUCCUAAUAUGUGAAGAUAAAAGCUAUCGUUCCAAUCUCGAAUAAAUUUUUUCGUUGAGAAGUUACCUGGCGCAGCAGCCGCAGCAGGGGCCGAGCACUUCGACGAGUCAAUCGCUUCUGACGGCGCCUUUGUACCAACAAAUGCCGCAUUCAGUUUCCUCGAACCACAGUGGCAAUACAAGUUCUUCACAGCAGAAACCUGUUAGCUAUAUCCAUUUUCAUCUCUUCUAUGGAAUAUUUCAGGAGGUAGCGGAUCAAAUUUAUCCCUCAAACAUCGCUCAAAAUUGUUCAAACUUCAGCGUUUAUGAGCUUUGUAUCCUGGGAAGGGAGUUAGUGCACGAGCUCUCGGCCAGGUCUUUUUGGGGGUUUUUUUGAGCUGAAGAGAUUUUCAGGACUUCUCAGCUAUGCAAUUCUACUAAGAAAAUGACAGAGAAAAGGGAUAAACGGUUGCCGACGCCGGCCGACGAAGCUGAAUACUUGAUGGAGCAAUGUCAAAAUGUAUUGGAGAGAUUAGUUGAAAUACGGUAGGUAUUCAAUUUUGAUAAAAGAUAUUAUUUCAAGAGUUACAGGUUGUUGAUUGAGGAAAAGGGGAAUCCGACUCAUAGGCUAUCGAUUGAAGACUACAUCGCUAAAGUUGGCUUGAAGAAAGAGGAAGAAAAAGAAGAAAAAGAAACCGACGAAUCGGAUCGGGUGCUCCGCAACGGCAAGAUGAUCACGAAGGACUUGCAGGAGAAGUACCGCGUUUUCGAAGCCAACAAGUUUCUCCUUCUUAUUUUCAAAACAAAAAUUUUGGCUUCAGAGAAAUUCUGCAAAAACUGAGCUGCGACUUGAAAAUGUUCGAGUUUGUAGCGCUGUUGGGCGAUCCUAGCAGAGUGAAACGAGUCGACAAAACGACUUCUUUUGUCCCGCCUCCUAAAGAACCCAUUUAG